AUGGCGACCGAAUGGCAGGCACUGGGCACGGUGGCCUACGUCGACACGGGCGCCGUGUUUGGCAGUGCCGACUACACAACCAUCGUUUUGAAUCACGGAUUUGGAUUCCACGGCGCCAUCAUGUCCCCCAUGGAACCGUUUGCCGCAAAGCACAACGCCCGGCUCGUUAUAGUGAACCGACGAGAUCACCCUGGCUCAGCACCAUAUAUCGAGGUCGAACUCGCCCUCCUCCGUCAUAUGGAUGGAUUGUCCCCGCAAGAAGCAUGCUCUCCUCUGGAUGCCUUUAUGCGUGACCGUGCCUUGGAGCUGUAUGAGUUUGUCUGCGCUUGGGCGCAUCAGGCGGGGAUUCCCUCGGCAAGCGGGCCCACGGGUGGCAUCGUUCUGGCAUCGUGGUCCAUGGGAGCGAGCUGGCUGAUGGCGCUCCUAAGCAGCAUUGCUUCUUCGACCUCGCGAGACGCGCCAUUUGCUUCUCUCGGUUACCUGUCACCGAGCGAUGCAUACGCCCCACUCCUGGACGAAGAUAUCCCGCCUCCAGACCGACCGAGUACCGUCUUGUCGUGGAUCUCGGGGUACUACUCACACGAUGGUGCCGUCGAUGGGCUAGAGAGGCGCACCUCGUCCACAUCGCCGACGCCUACGCUCGGCAGGAUGACACCGGAACAGCUGCAAGGCGUCUUCACAGCCAGUGCUGCCGGAGAAGACGGCCCUGACACAUUGCAUCUCCGUCUCUCCGAGGUGACUGGGGCAAGUGCUCUGUUCCGGCACCGCGUCCUCUUUCACAACGGCUCUCACGCCAUGCGCCCAAACCACUGGGCUGCCCUUCCAAUUCGCCACGUAGCGUGUAAUAGAUCGGUGUGGCAUAUGCCGUGGUGCGCUGCCGCCCUGCGUCGCGAGCUCGACGAGGCAAAGGACGACACGCGUCGCGUGCGUGACGUAGAGAUUGUCACACUAAUGGGCGCAAAUCAUUUUGCUCACUGGGACGAACCGUACCGACUGAUGCAUUUGCUGCACUGGGAAGGCUCUUCAUCCCCGCACUGA